AUGCUGACCCACAUGCAGAUAUCCGAGCUUCGUGACAUCAUUGAGAGCUCCUCCGACGAGGAUGACUCUCCAGACGCCGGUCACACUUCUGGGAUCCUGACAGAGAGUGGCAUCCUUGGAGGCAGCAUUGACUCUUGGUUCCUUGAUUCCUUUCGCCUCCAAUACACUCAACCUUCCAUCACUGAAGCUUUGUGGGCAGUAUAUUUAGAGAAUGUCGCGCCGCUCAUUGCCAUUCUUCAUCGGCAAUCUAUGGCCACGAUUAUCCAGAGUACAUGCUCAGGGCUCGCAUUGACCCCCUCGGAUGAGGCACUGCUGUACUCCGUCUACUUUGCAGCAGUGGUCAGCAUGAAACCAGAAGUUUGUGCUUCUGUUCUGAACGUCGAUCAUGAUACAGCUGUGCAAGACUGUAAAAAGGCAGUGAGCCAGGGCCUCCAACGGGCCAACCUACUUAAGUGCCAGAGUCUAUCCACCCUCCAGGCUGCUGUGCUAUCCUUACUCUGUUGUCGUGUGGGCGGUGAUACUCGCCUUGUUUGGGCCGAGUCUGCCGUUGUGAUACGAUUAGCACAGGCCCAAGGUGUGCACCGGGAUGGAACUAACUUCAGAUUGUCUCCAUUCGAUAUUGAGAUCCGACGUCGGCUAUGGUGGCAUAUCUGCAUGCUGGACAUGUUGUCUUCCAGGGACCAAGGUAUUGAUACCCAGAUCAGGCCCGAAAUGUUCGACACAAAGUUCCCCAUCAAUAUUGAUGACCACGACCUCACACCACAGAUGACCCAGCAGCCCGAGUCAAAAACUGGUUUCACCAACAUCACAAUAUGCGUCAUGAACUGCUCCAUCAUGACCGAGAUGCUCUGGUCGCCGCAUUCAGGUGAUUCCAACGAAUCCACCCAAGACAAAACAACCCACAUCACAGCCUUGGGGAAGCGCCUCCACGAGCAAUAUUUGGACCAUUUCAAUCUUGACAUUCCCAUCCACUGGGUCUUUGCAACGAUAGUCCGCCUCCAGCUCUCCCAGGCCUGGCUAGCAGCACACUUCCAAUCCGGACAGAACCCGCAAAUUCUACGACAUGACGAUCGAGUGUUCCAAAUGGCAGCCGAAAUUUUACAAUUCGCCUACCUGCUACAGACCAACGAAGCUACCUCCCAGUGGAGCUGGCUCUGUAAAAGCCACAAAGAGUGGCACGUUGUUGCGUUUAUUCUCUCGGAAUUAUGUGUUCGUCCAUUGAACCCCGAGACAGAUAGUGCAUGGGAUGUGGUGAAAAACAUGUAUGACCUAUGGCAGCGAAAUCAUUCGUGCUCUGAUGCAUUGCUCGAAAAGCCGCUGGAUCGGCUGAUGGAGCGGACGACUGCUUCGCGGGCGGGUAGAGCGCAUACUACACCUUCUGUUGAUCAAGCCGAUACACCCGCGAUGUACUCUUUGGGGGCUGGUUCCGGUGAGGAAUUUGAUUGGAAUGAAAUUCCAGAAGCAUUUGCAGACAUGGAUUGGCUUGGCGAUUCUUGGUUCUAG